GGAAGUGACGACGGACGUGCCCUUGACGGGUGGGGAGGGCUGGGUGGUACAUCUCUCUGCUCGCUCCUCCUGGAGAUGGCCCAGCGACUUCUCCUGAGGAGGUUCCUGGCCUCCACCGUCUCCAGGAAGCUCCCGCAGGGACAGUGGGCACCCCUCGCCUCCAAGGCCCUGCAGACCCCACAGUGCAGUCCCGGCGCCCUGACACUCACACCCAGCCCAGCCCGGACCAUCUUCACCACCAGAGUACGCUCAACAACCUUUAACAUCCAGGAUGGACCUGACUUUCAGGACCGAGUGGUCAACAGUGAGACACCAGUAGUUGUGGAUUUCCAUGCACAGUGGUGUGGCCCCUGCAAGAUCCUGGGGCCAAGGUUAGAGAAGAUGGUGGCCAAGCUGCAAGGGAAGGUGGUGAUGGCCAAGGUGGAUAUUGAUGACCACACAGACCUGGCCAUCGAGUAUGAGGUAUCUGCUGUGCCCACUGUGCUGGCCAUCAAGAAUGGAGAUGUGGUGGACAAGUUUGUGGGCAUCAAGGAUGAGGAUCAGCUGGAGGCCUUUCUGAAGAAGCUGAUCGGCUGACAAGCAGGUCUGUAAUAAAGAUCUUUAUGCGAUUUCUUCUGCCUCCUGCUAUGAAGAACAGACCUCGGGGCCCUGCACUCAGAUCCCUGUAGCUGCCCUCCUCCUUUCCCUCCGCCUUCCUCCCAGCCUCAGGACAACAGUGCUGGGCUGCUGGGCAGCCCCUUGACCUGCAAAGCUCCAGGCACCUUCUUGCCAUUGGCCAGGACCUUGGUGCUGUGAGCAGGUGGUGAAACUGAACAAACCAGAACAAUAAACCUGGGGCUCAAACUGUCA